GGAAUUUUACCAGAGAGCAGUCCAAAGAAGCCACUCGCCAACUUCAUCCUCGCGCAACUUCCUUCCUGACUCCUUGCCAUGUCAACUCAAGCCCACGCCGAACCCUCCCGUGUGCUCUUUCUCGAAAACUUGGCCCCUCAGGCGACGAACGCCGACAUUGAACAAUUUCUCGAACAUUACGGCGACGUCGACAAAGUCAUUCUCCUCCGCAAGAAAUACAUUCACACCUCCCCUUCCACCGACUCCAAGAACACCCAAAAUGCUCUCGUCCAGAUGUCAAACGUGGACGAUGCCAUUGCUGCCCAUGACGCGAGCAAUGACGAACCUGCCGUCCUGUUUGGACUGGCCGUGUCGAUUUCGUACUCGAAGAACCAGGAGUUGCGUGGCCAAGGCAGCGCUGCGACACCCCCCGCUGUUCCCCAGCAACAUCAGCCGCGAACCUAUAACAAGCACAACGCCCGCAACCAUGUUGACGUAGCCCAGAAUCGAAUCUUGUUGGUGACGGUGCAAAACCCGUUGUAUCCCAUCACGACGGACUUGAUUGGUAAGGUGUUCAACGUGUACGGGCAAGUUGAGAAAGUCGUCAUCUUCAUGAAACCUGUCGGGCUGCAGUGCUUGGUGCAAUUUGUCCACGUCCCCGAUGCUGUGACGGCCAAGAGUAAGCUCGACGGCGAGGCCAUCUACCCGGACUGCUGCUUCAUGGUGAUUAGUUAUUCUAAUCUUUCGGAAUUGUCCGUCAAGGAGAACAGCCUCAAGACCCGCGAUUUCACCAACCCAAAUUUACCUGUACCUGUGAUGGACACUGCGAUCAACGCGCCGCAGUCCACGAUCUCUUUGCCGUUCAACCCUCCGAAUGGGAAUGUUUCAGUUAACACCGUGCAAAAGCUGCAUGGCGCAGGCGAUGGCCAGGAUGCUUUUUCGCCGGUGCUGCUCGUGUGCAAUUUGAAGGAAACCGUGUCAUGCGACCAACUGUUCAAUUUGUUUUCGUGUUAUGGCAACAUCACACGUGUCAAAAAGUUGCAUUCGAAAACGGACCACGCCUUGAUUCAGUUUGUGAACGAGGCGUCAUCUGAGUCAGCGCUGACCCAUCUCCGUGGGUUCGUCUUCGAAGGCAGAUCGCUUGAAAUCCGCUUCUCCAAGCACCGCUACAUCAUUGCCGCAUCCCGGGCCGGUUCCGCGGACGAUGACGAGGAAGACGAUAGCGUGACGGCGAAGGAAUACUCUCUGUCCGUGAACCGCUUCACGGGGAAAUUUGCCAACUACACCAAGCAUGUUUACAGUCCCACGAAAGUGAUCCACAUUUCAAACCUUGUCGAAGGAUUUGAGAUAGAGGACUUGACCGAGCACUUGCGUCAAUUCGGACGCAUGGACCGCGUCAAGUUGAAAGUGUUUGAAAACGCCAAAGGCCAUCCGCAAUUGCUGGCCGAGUUUCCAUCCAUCGAGAGCGCCACCAACAUGCUUGCAGCUGCGCAUAACUCGGAGUUUGCCGACAAGAAAUUGAAGAUCGCUUUCUCGCGCAACAAUGCCCAUUCCGCCUAAUAGUCGCGAUUUUAUUUGAAGUUAUCCAGCACUUCGUUGCACAUUGCAUUUCGGCUUUCAAUGUACUAGUAACUUACCCAGUGGACACACACCAUCCGACAGCAACUCCCCCAUCUUCU